AUGAUCUCCGCUGCUGGCCCCCCACAGAUGUGCUCCUUGAUGAUCCUCUCCAAGAUCGUCCCGAAUACCGAGCAAGUGCUGAAGCACUGUAAGGAGUGGCAAAUUGAGUUCAGCAACUUCACCAUGACAGAUCAGAAGAUGCACUCUGAAGCUCAAGAUUCGUGCUCCCGCCAGUGUGGGAAGAUGCUGGGCAAGUGCUCUUGCCAGGUGACCUGCAAGUCCCUGGGGGAUUGCUGUCCUGAUUACAGGGAAUUUUGUCUGCAAAUCUCUCCAUACUCAGGGUCCCUGAUGGGAGGCAAAGACUUUGAGAUUUUGAAUGUUACUUUCAAUGCCUCCUCUGAUGUGAGAUGCAGGUUCAAGCAGGAGAUUCAGAUCAGUGGCUAUGUUGCUCGGGAUGGUCAAGCCCACUGCAUCUCACCAUUGCUGUAUGAGACUGGCUUCAUUCCCUUCGAGGUUUCCAGAGACAGUGGCCUCACAUUUCCCUAUUCAGGAAACUGGUUAUCAGUACAUCACAGCAAGGUGUCAGCUGUGGAAAAAUGCACACUUGUGAAUGCCACAAAAUGGCAGUACUAUGGCACACCGAACACAGGAGGAACCCUGACUGUCACCUGGAUGACCCAGACGCUGCCAACCAGACACGUCAAUAUAGAAGUCUGGGGGUACCAGGAAACAGGUCAGACAUACUCGGAGACCUGGAUGGCUGAAUGGAAAUACCUUUAUACUCUUGGAAGGGAAGAACCCAACAGUGGAACAUUUACUUUCACACCUGUACCUGCUCAAGCAAAUUACAGUAGUUGGGAGAGCACAUCACUAUUCCUGAUUUCCUGGGGUUUAUUUAACUGCUUAACUCGUGUAUAUGAUGCAGCAUCUGCCUUUGGGGACCCACACUUCCUCACAUUCGAUGGGCUGAACUUCACAUUCAAGGGCCAUGGUGAAUACACACUGGUGGAGUCCAAUCUGACGUCUCUAAGAGUACAAGGGAGGACCCAGCCUACCAGACUUCCCAGCAGAACGGUGGCACAGGUAACAGGCUUGUCUGCUGUGGCCAUGCAGGAGAGUAACUCUGACGUGAUCGAGGUACGCUGUUCGGAGUACUCGGCCCUGGAGGUCCUGCUGAACCAGGAGGUGCUCAACUUUUCUGAGCAAAGCUGGAUGGAUUUGAAAGGCCUCUUUCUCUAUUCUGCAGCUGGUCAGAAUGUCACAGUGAUGUUCUCCUCAGGGGCAGGGGUAGAAGUGAGAGCCAGAGGAGGUUUCUUAAGCCUGACAGUCCUGCUGCCGGAAAAAUUCAUGAAUCAGACCCGGGGCCUCUUGGGGGUAAUGAACGACAACCCAGGGGACGAGUACACCUUCAGAAAUGGGACAACCAUGCCGCUUGAUGCCAGUCCACAGCAGCUGUUUGCAUUUGGAGCUGACUGGGCUGUUGGCAAUGAAACUUCUCUCUUCACUUAUGACACUCAGUUCUUACUGAACACCUUCUUCUAUGGGCCAAAGCACAACUCUUCCUUCCUACCAGUGUUUGUUCCUCAUGAAGACCCUACAGACCCCCUGGUGCCAGAGAUGGCCAGGCUUUGCGACUCAGACCCUUUCUGCAGGUUUGAUGUAUUGACAACCAGAAGCCUCGAGGUGGGAAACGCUACCAGAAUCUCCCAUCAGAACCACAAAGCGUUGGUGGAGAGUCUGCAGCCAGUGGUCUCUUGCGGCUGGCUGGAUCACCCUACCAAGGGCAGAAAGGAAGGGACAAACUACCUGAUGGGCUCAACUAUCCGGUUCAGCUGUGAUCAAGGGUACAGCCUGGCUGGGUCAGAAGAAAGAACCUGCCAGUUGACGGGGGCCUGGUCAGGGAAUGCAGCCAGCUGUUUGCCAAGCACAGAUAACCACCAAGCAAUUCUCUUUGGCUCUAUAUUCGGAGUUCUAGGCUUUCUAAUCUUGGCAGUUCUAAUUUUCCUGUUGUACAGAAAAAGGAAGAGAGCGAACCGGAGCCCAAAUGCCCCCGAAUCAGUUCCAGGCGAGAAAGAACUGAUGCCCGUCAGAGGGACGCAUUUGUGAGCAGCGCAGCCGGGAGUGGGAGGCCACGAGCCGCCGCCGCCUGGAACAGGUGUCCCCG